UUCUGGCUCAGAAGCUCAGAGCCUAAAGUUUUCAGUUCAGAGGGCACAAAAAAUCAUUGCAAUAUGGACGAGAAUAACAUGUCAGGGUUUUGUAUUAGAGGUGGUAGUGGUGGCAAUAGUGGUACCAAGUGUGGGCGUUGGAAUCCCACUACGGAACAGGUUAAGGUUCUGACUGAACUGUUCAGUUCUGGGCUUCGUACACCCAGCACUGAUCAGAUUCAGAAGAUCUCUACUCAGUUGAGUUUUUAUGGGAAGAUAGAGAGCAAGAAUGUGUUCUAUUGGUUUCAGAAUCACAAGGCCAGGGAGAGACAGAAGCGGCGCAAGGUCACCUUUGAUGACAAGGAUUUCAAUGUGAUUCUUAGAGAAAAUUCCAUGUCCAAGAAUUCUUCUAAACAAAAUUAUGCACAGUUCUAUCAGGUUACAGAGCCAGAGAGGGUGAUUGAGACUCUUCAACUCUUCCCUUUGAACUCCUUUGGUGAAUCAGAAUCAAAGAAUUUGAGGGUCCAUGCAAAUGAAUGCAGGGACAGUGCAAUGUUUUCAUACUUGAUGGGUGAACAAAUGGAUCAUCCACCAUUAGAUCUUCGCUUGAGUUCUCUGUAAACAUGGGGAGUGAUCCAUUUUGGGGUGAGAAAGGAGAGGGUGUGUUCUUUCAAUAAAGAAAGCUAAAAAAGAAAAAUAAAAAGGAUGUAUCUUGAAAUUAAUAGUUGUCUAGUGAUCACUGAUUAGUUUAGUUCCUUCUAAA